AUGCUGUUUUAAUUUGUUUUCUAUUUUUAGUUAUCCUGUACUGGACCUCUUAUUCUAUAACCCUUUCUGGUACCCCUCGAUACCUGUAUAUAUCCACCUGAGUUUAGGUUUUUGGCUCUCUUUGGACCGCGUAAAAUCACCUGCACGUUCUUCCUGAUAUUAUCAGUUUCGUUAGUUCAAUAGUCUAAUUUUAUAAUACAGACACGGCUUCUGAGGUCCCGAAUAUCGAACACUGAGUAGUGUUGUGUACAGGAAUGGAGUGACCUGUGAAGUUCAGUGUACCAGUGUCCUGACGACGACUAUCAGUCCAUGAAUUUGUUUGAAAUUUCGUGUAAUAUAAAUUGUGAAAACGUUACUUUUGGUGUUUUAUUUUAUAAAUUCUGGAGGUGUUUUGAAGCCUGUCGGCCAGCUCGCAACAAAUGGUGUCAGAAGUGGGAUUCAAAUCCAGUCGACAGAGACAAACCUCCACUUCAACAUGAUGACGACAGUUUUGGCGCAGACCACCUCAAUGCACGGAUCAAUCUUCAUUGGAUCAUCGAGUGUUCCGUUGUACCAACAGAUUUGUUAAAGACCCUCAUCGACUUCAUGGGAUACAGGAAAGUCAGCACCCUGUGACCAGAACAUUAUCUCAAAGUGUUUCAUUCUACCAGCGAUGAUGAAAUUCGAUGUUAUGAGGGAAAUGCAUCUAGACGGAUCAUCCAGUCGAGUUUGAAAUCCAUCCAUUGACCAGGCGGAAGGACAGUUUCUUGUUUUCGUUUUGAGCAUAACAUUAACAUUUGAAAUUUGAAUUUCUUGAUCUACUGAUAAAAUUGUUCAAAAUUAUAUUUAUUUGGUUAUUGUGUCAUUUAGAAUUUUUUUUUUUUAUUUUGGACAAAAUUCUUUGGUUUUUUUUUAAUUGUUUGUAUGUACUUAUAUUUAAUUUUGAAAUUUUUUGUAGGAAAGUGUUUGACAGAGUUAUUCGGGACCUAGAGGUCAGCUGUUGACACUGAAAUUACGUCGUGGAUACAUCACCUCAGUAAGUUGUGUGUCUGUAAGUUGUUCACGUUUUCACAUCACGUUUGAAAUAUAAUAUCUAUCGUGUAUUGGUGUACUAUCAAACUCAGGUGUGUAUCGACAGGUAUGUUGGAAGUUCCCAUUUUUUCAGUUGUCACAUAGUGUGUUGUCUGUAUGAGUUAUUGUCUCUUGAGUUUUCAUCAUGUCACAGUCUUUAAAAUCGAUUAUUGAUUACGGAGCGUCAUUGGGUUACAAGGAGGAAAGUCUUAGAGACUUUGUUAAGCUCCAACAAGAAAUAGAACGUGAAGAGCGGAAGGCGGAAAGAGAACGAGUAAAGGAGGAGCUAGAUUUUAAGAGAUUGAUGGAAAAACAUGACAAAGAACUACAGAUACAGCAAAUCACUCAUCAGCAGCAAAUGGAGAUGAUGCAUGAGAAAGAAAAGUUAAAAGCUGCGGGUGUUGAUGAGAGAACGCCAAAGAGUAUUCAAGACAUGGCACAGUUGGCAGAUCAGUAUCGGGAAGCAAAAUUGACCAAUGCGGCAAACUUAAUCAAGAUUCAAGGCCAGGGAUUUCAAUCUUCAACAUUAAGCGUUCCUGGAAACUCUAAAGACAAUCCAGGUGAGAAUAGACAUCAAAACACAAACAAACCUUUUGUUCCAAAAUCAGACAGACGUUGUUACAAAUGCAACCGAGUGGGUCAUAUUGCUUCGGAGUGCAGACCAAAACCAAAGGUUGGCAUGGUUAAUACCCAGGAAUCACCGGACACACAGGAAACUUCACCAGUAGAGGCUAAAUUUCCAGCGCAGGUAUCUUUUGUAAAUACAAUACCUACAGACACUGGUACUAAUACAUUUGUACUCGAUUCUCCGACAACAGUGUCUCCAUCAUGCUAUCUUCAGCAGCAGCACAAUAUGCCAUUGUCAGCAGGAUAUGUUGAGGGUAAGCCCGUUACAGUACUGCGAGACACAGGAUGCAGUGGCAUAGUUGUACGGACAAGUACAUUUGAAGCAUGGUGUAUGGAGAAGCCAGUUUACGACCUCAUCAUUGGUAAUGUGGAGAAAGUGAGACCACCUGGAAAUCCAGAUCCGCAAUGGUCAGAGGCUCGUGCUGUUGAAACUCGAAGACAAGCCAAAGCAAAGCUCAAACCGUAUCAUCAACUCAGAGUUCCGGAAAUUUUAAAAGAGAACAUCACUCCACAGGAUAAUAAAGUAGAACAGCAAACAUGUGACCCCUUACAGAAAGUACGUCAUGUGUCAAAUUCAGGCAAAGAAGAGGACUAUAAGAUUGAUGUGAAAGGUAAAUCAAAAACGUUUCAUGUAAAUAUGGUGACCAAGUAUAGUGACAGAAAUGCUGAUCCACCGAAUGUAAACCAAGAUGAUGAAGCUACAGUCAGCUCUGCUGUGAUUGACCGCCCUGAAGAUGAAGAGGUCGAAGAAUAUGGAUUACCAAGUGUCGGGGACAAGGAGGAGUUAUCGAGUAUGGACAUCAACCAAGAGCUGGGCCCUAAAGAUAGGCAGAAGAUCGUAGGUAAAGACCAAUUGAAAGCACAAUCAGACAAAGAAAAGACAAUCGAUGAAGCGGUGGUACAUGUACCUUACACAAAACGUAAAUUAAGAACUGUUCAUGGCCAUUAUACCUUUUACAAGAAGUUCAUUCCAAUUUUGUUAUCAAUUGUGUUACUCUUUACAUGUUUAUUAAAGCAAUUUUUUCUUCUGACGGAUGCUUCUGAGAGAGGAAUUGGUGCAGUCCUGAUGCAGUUUGACGAUGAAAGCGGAUUGAAACUUGCGGUAGCAAAUGCCAGCAUGAAAAUGAAGGAUAGUGAGUUCAGAUAUUCCACAAUCGAGAAGGAAUGCUUAGCAAUUGUUUGGACGGUCAACAAAUUUCAACUGUAUCUCUAUGGUCGUGAAUUUCUAAUUGAAACCGAUCAUCAGUCGUUGAUGUAUUUGAACAGGGCUAAGGUGAUCAACGCUAGAAUCAUGAGAUUGGCACUUGGUCUUCAAUCAUAUAGAUACCGAGUCAUUGCAAUUAAAGUUAUCCUGUACUGGACCUCUUAUUCUAUAACCCUUUCUGGUACCCCUCGAUACCUGUAUAUAUCCACCUGAGUUUAGGUUUUUGGCUCUCUUUGGACCGGGUAAAAUCACCUGCACGUUCUUCCUGAUAUUAUCAGUUUCGUUAGUUCAAUAGUCUAAUUUUAUAAUACAGACACGGCUUCUGAGGUGAGUAAACCAUUUUACUUAUUCAAUUCUCUUUCUAUUUGUUUAUUAAAUGGUCCUGGGAUAACUUUGUUGUUUCAAUGUGUUUUAUUUGUAAUUUGUAUUGUUUGAAUGUCCCUUUCGAAAGUUAUUCGUUUGUUAUGUUCGUUAUAUAGUUCAUUACUAGUAUUUCUUUAGUUAUCUAUUGUCGUGAGUAGAGUAUAUUCAUAGGGCUGCCGUAAUUUGAGUAGUAAUGUGUAUGUCGUGUUUAGUGACUCUAACAGUGUAAUUGGCAAGUAAAUGUCGUUACAGUAUUUUAAGUUACGUGUAAAGUAAUUUGGUUUAGUAUUAUGUAUCGUGAAAUGCAAGUAAAUGUAAUGCAGCGCUGCCACGUGUACCACGUUGUCUCACUGUUAUGUACGGUGGGUCAUGUGGGUCAUUACUUGUAUGGAACUUUAUGUGUAUGUGUAACUUAAUGUGUAUGUUCUGUGUACGCAGGUCCCGAAUAUCGAACACUGAGUAGUGUUGUGUACAGGAAUGGAGUGACCUGUGAAGUUCAGUGUACCAGUGUCCUGACGACGACUGUCAGUCCAUGAAAUUGUUUGAAAUUUCGUGUAAUAUAAAUUGUGA